AUGGCGGCCAGCCCUCAGCGAAGCCCCUUCACAUCUGCAGAUGAUACAGCAGAAACGCCAGAGCAGGCGGGAUGUUCAGCGGACUCGAAGGAAAAGGAGAUAAUUGUCAUCAAAGAUGACGAUGACACAUCCAGUAGUGACUCGGAAGCGAUAGACAUCAGUGAUCUGCACUUUGGCAGAAGGUCACAGCCCCUCCGUUACUCAAGAGCAACGAGAUACCACUUGCUGUUGGAAGUUGCUUUGGAACGGAAGCGGCAGAAGGAGGAGGACUGCCGCACGCUGAAGGCCCCUUGCAAGGAGAAGGUUCAGGAGAAGCCUGAUGCAACGAAGGAGCGGGCAUCUCAAGGCAGCCGCAAGAGUUGCAGCGCAAAGAAGGACAAGGGCGGUGGCAGUGCAUGCGCCUUGCUGUACACUACGGAUCCAUUUGCGUCGAGCAGCGAAGAGAGCGACGGCGACUGGGAACCACUUGCAGUGUAUGGGGAAGCGGCGCGAAGGCGGCUGCGGAGCAGGCAUUCGGAGACGGAGUCUGACUCGAAUGCAGAAACUGACGGCGAGGAGUGGGGCGAUGACAGUAGCGGAGACGACAAGACAGGAGCAGAGGCAAGUGGCGGCAAAGGAGCCACGAGCGCUGCCAAGGAGGUGAAUGCGGACGCAGAGGCCCCCGUUGUUGCUGCCAGCGAGGAGAAUGGAGCGGCUGAAAUGGGCUCUGGGGGGUGGCGAGGCGACAGGAAGAACCAAGCUGGAGGCAGAGAAGCGGCAAAGGAGGGGAGUCGCGAAACAGGGGCAUACAGGCAUGCCCAGGAGGAGGCAGGAGCUGCAAUUCAAGCCACGCCAAGAGGACGGGGUGCUCGAGGGGGGCGUGGACGAAAAGGUGGGGAGGGUGAGGCAGAAGAAACGGAUGUCGCAAGUGCGCAAAAGAUCCCGAGACGGGUAUUAGUUCGCAAAGUUUCCAAAGCAGAAGGAUACGCUCAAGGGAAUAGCGCUGAAGACGGCUUAGCAGCUGCAGAGUUUGGGUGUAGUCCCAAGCAGGGCAGCUCGCAUUUGAAAGCGAAACGGGUGCACCCUAUCAGCAGCAGCCGGAGCACCAGCGCCGGCGAUGCGCAUGAAUCAACAAUGCAGGAAAAGUCAAAACAUGAGGCAACGGAGGAAAGAAAGCAAAGGAGAAAAGGCGAGGCCCCAGAACGGUCCAGAACAGCGAGAGCCAAAGCUGCACUCGCGGAGCUCGAAGAAGCUGCAGUGUAG